AUUGAAUGCAUCUUGAUAUUUAGAUCCCAGGUUUUUGCAUCUCAUUCUCAUCUCUAAUAACCUGUCCUUGCUACCUUUUUCUAGUCAUGGAGCUAGCAAACUCUCAAUCCAUGGUAGCCCUCAUUGUUGGAGUCACAGGGAUGGUCAGCUUAAGCUUAGCUGAAGAGCCCCACUGUGUAGCCGGCCCAUGGAAAGCCUAUGGUUUUACUCAGCAUCCCAAGCUUGCAUGGUUUCCUGAUUCCACAAUCGAUCAAUACAUUGCCUUCGAUGCCACUGACGCUAAUGACACACUCCAUAACCUCCCUCCAGUGGCUAACAAGGUCACCCAUGUUUUUUGGGUAGCAAUUCAAGGUCUUGAAAGUGAAGAAGGGAAUAUAAGAGUCAAUGCCAUCAUGUUAGCCAAUGUCCUCAAUGUCUUGAAAUCAGCUUCGCCCUCACGUCUCGCCCACAUCACUGUCCAAACAGGUACUCAACACUAUAUGGGCUUGGUCCAUGACCCGAUUCAAUCGGGUCAUCUCAUAACCCACGAACCACCUUUCCAUGAAGAUUUGCCUCGAUUACCGUACCCAAAUUUUUACUAUGCACUUGAAGAAAUCAUUGCCUCAUACACGCCAUCCAUUUCAUAUUCUGUGCAUCACUCCUCAAUCAUAAUUGGCGCGUCUUCAAGAAGUGUGUACAACGCGCUACUUACGCUCGCUAUUUAUGCAACAAUUUCCCAACACGAGGGUUACCAUUUCGAUACCUGGGUACUCGCAAUACGUGGGAGCAUUUUUGUGACAUGUCAGACGCACGUGUGCUGGCUGAGCAACACAUAUGGGGUGUAAUUACACCUCAUGCCAAGAAUCAAGCCUUUAAUUGCACAAAUGGUGAUGUAUUUACAUGGAAGAGUGUAUGGAAGGUGUUGUGUGAUAUAUUUGAGGUUGAAUUUGUGCCAUUUGAUGAGAUUGAAGAAUUUGAUUUUGUGGGGAUGAUGAAGGAGAAAGGGAAAAUAUGGGAUGAAAUUGUGAAGAAACAUGGGCUAUGCAAGACCAAGUUGGAAGAGAUUGCUUGUUUUGCCGGCCUUAAAAACUUCUUGAAUUUUGGGUUCCAACAUGUUUGUAGCACAAACAAGAGUCGAGAGUAUGGGUUCUUUGGCUACACAAAUACUCUCAAGAGUUUGGGGAAUUGGGUGGAUAGAUUGAGAAAAAUGAAGAUUAUUCCUUAAUAAAAGGAAUUGUUCUAG